AUGGCUGAAAUCGUUGUUAGUGCUGUCAUCACAGUGCUGUGUGAGAAACUGCUCUCUGGUGACUUGAUGAAACUGGCUCAAUCUGAAGGAAUCGAUUCUAAGCUGAAGAAAUGGAAGAAAACCCUACCCAUAAUCCAAGCUGUCCUUACUGAUGCAGGCCAUAAGCAGAUAAAAGAGAGAGCUGUUCAAUUGUGGCUGAAUGAUCUCCAAGAUUUAGCCUAUGACAUAGACGAUGUACUCGAUGAUUUGGCAACCGAAGUUGGGUUACGCAAGUUGAAUCAAGAAUUUCGUGAGAACACCAAUACUAAUAAGGUAUUGAAGUUCUUUGCAAAUUGUUAUACUAAUUUCGGUCCUCCCAACUUUAUGUAUGGUCGUGAGAUGAGCUCUAAGCUGGAUGAGAUUACAACCAGAUUACUUGAUCUUGUUGAGGUGAAAACCGGUCUGGGUUUGAACGUGAAUUCAAAUCUUGAAAGGUCAAAUGAAAAACGUUUGGAGCAAACUUCAUUGGUUGAUGAGUCCAAAAUCAUAGGUAGGGAAGGCGAUAAAGAUGUAUUGAUGGGGAAGUUGUUGGAGAAUAGUGAAAAUGUAAAGAUAGUAUCCAUAGUUGGUAUGGGUGGGAUCGGGAAAACCACUCUUGCGAAGGUUUUGUACAACGAUGAGAAAGUGAUAGAGCACUUUGAACUCAUGGCAUGGGUUUGUGUUUCAGAAGAAUUCAAUGUCUUUAAUAUCUGCAAGGCUAUUUUUGAUGGUGUAGGUGGGGAGAACAAAAGGUUUUCUACUCUUAAUGACCUUCAUGUGGCACUCAAAAAAGAAAUCAAUAAGAAAAGGUUCCUUGUUGUUCUAGACGAUGUUUGGAAUGAAGACCAUAGCAAGUGGGAGCUCCUCCAAAUCCCUCUUCAAGGGGGACAUGGGAGUAAAAUUAUGGUCACAGCAAGGAAUACCAGGGUUGCAUCGGUGAUGGAUUCUGAUGAAAGAUACGAUCUUGGGCUUUUGUCAAAUGAAGAUGCUCUAUCUUUACUUGCCCAACAUGCACUUGGUGAGAAAAACUUUGAGAAACAUACAAGCCUUAGAUUACAUGGUGAGGGUAUUGUGAGAAAAUGUGGUAGAUUGCCUUUGGCUUUGAAAUCACUUGGGAGAGUCUUGAAGACAAGUAGAAAUGGUGAUGAAUGGGGAAAGUUGUUGAAUAGUGAGAUAUGGGAUAUACAAGAUGGAAGUGAGAUUCUUCCAGCUCUAAGACUAAGCUACUAUCAUCUCCCUUCGCAUUUAAAGCUAUUGUUUGCAUACUGCUCAUUAUUUCCCAAAGACUAUGUUUUUAGAAAGAAUGAGUUAGUCCUGCUAUGGAUGGCAGAAGGAUUUUUGUCUGGAUCAAAAGGGAACAAGACAAAGGAGAGUUUAGGUCAUGAGUAUUUUGAAGAGCUAAAGUCAAGGUCGUUUUUUCAGCAUUCAACAAAUGACAAAUUAGGUUAUGCGAUGCAUGAUCUUGUAAAUGACUUGGCCACAAGUGUCGCAGGAGAAUUUUUCUUUAGGCUAGAUGAUAACAUGGAUGUAUCAGAGAUGAAUGAAACUUUUGAGAAGUUUCGACACUUUUCACUUAUAGGUUCUGGAGGGAGAUCAUGUAGAAAGCUCAACGAAUUACAAAGAGCCAGAUGCUUGCGGACAUUCUUAUUGUUGUCAUUUGGAGAGCAAAGUUACCCAUCAGACAAAGUAAUCGAUAAAUUACUUUCUGAACUAUCAUUCCUAAGAGUGUUAAGAUUAUCUAAAUAUGUAAUCACAAAGAUACCACAAUCCAUUGGUAGUCUUAAGCAUCUGAGGUACCUCAACUUUUCUCAUACUGCAAUCACAUGUUUGCCUGAACAAGUGAGUGACCUUUAUAACCUACAAAGCUUAUUACUUCAUGGGUGUCAUCACUUAUCUGACUUGCCAGAAAGUUUUGUUAAGUUAAUAAACUUGCGACAUCUUGACAUAAGUGAUACCCCAAAGUUGAAGAAUAUGCCCUUAGGGAUUGGUGGAUUGACGGGUUUGCAAACUCUAACCAAAGUCAUUAUUGAAGGAGACAAAAACGGGUUCAAAAUAUCCGAGCUUAAGGACUUAUCGGACCUUGAAGGCGAACUUUCUUUGACUAGUCUUGAAAAAGUGAUAAAUCCAGAACAAGCAAAGGAUGCCAACUUACAUCAAAAGAAUGGUCUUGAUGAUUUGCGUAUGGAGUGGAGUGAUGUAUUUGAUGAUGAUUCUCGGAAUGAGAUGAUUGAAUAUCAAGUACUUGAAGGGUUGAGGCCUCAUUAUAAGUUGAGAGAACUUGGGAUUGUCUUCUACAUGGGAUCGAUGUUCCCUAGUUGGAUAACUGAUCCCACAUUUGAUGGGUUAACAGAACUUACCUUACGUGGUUGCAGAAGUAAACAUUUACCAACGCUUGGGCAACUACCAUCACUUGAAAAAUUGUUUGUUAAAGGGAUGAAUGAGGUGAAGAAUGUGGGUUUCGAGUUACUUGCACCUGAUGAUUCUUUCAUUGGCAUUGCAUUUCCAUCGCUUGAGGUUUUGGAAUUUGAAGAUAUGAAAGGUUGGGAGCGAUGGACAAGUAGUCGUCAUGAUGAUGCUGAAACAGCUGCUAGAUCGUUUCCUUGUCUUCGUGAGAUUUCUAUAAAAGAUUGCUUAAAACUAGCUGAAGUGUCGAUUGGCUUGAUACCAUCACUUCAGGUUUUACACAUGAAAGAAGGAUCAAAAACAGUGUUGAAACUCGUAGUUGGGAGUUCCCCGAAGUUGGAGGUACGUAAGUGUAAAAACUUGGUAUCAUUAUUAGGAGACAAAGAGGUUAACUUGGGGAUUAGCAUGGAAUGUCUUAAAGAAGUGAAAUUUGAUAGCUCUAAUACACCGGAGAGUUUUAAUUGUCCAAAUAGUGUUGAAAGUUUGGAAAUCCGUGAUUGUGAUUCGUUGACUUCCUUGACAUUCUCAAUGGGGCACUCCGACAAAGGUUUUGGUUUUGAUCCCUUGUGUUGCCUAACAUCUCUAACGUUCAUUAGAUGCAAGAAUCUUAAGUCAUUUUGUCAUGAGCAUUUGGAAAGUCUCCCAUCUUUGACUAAUUUGCAUGUAUUUGAUUGUCCAAGUAUGGAUUACUCGUUUCCUUGUGGGUUGUGGCCUCCUAAUUUAAGAAAUCUGAUGAUAGGAGGGUUGAAAAAGCCUAUGUCGGAGUGGGGACAACAGAAUUUUCCAUCGUCGCUUGUUGAUCUUGGUAUAAGUGGCAUAAAUAAUCGAGGAGAAGUUUCAUUCGCAGUGGAAGAAAAUGUGAUGAAUACUACUACUACUUCAUUACCUUUUAUACUUCCUCAGUCCCUAGUUUCGUUAUCAAGCUUUGGAUUUUAUACUCCUGACUCAUUCUCGGAUGCAGGUGUUGGGGUAUUAAUAAAGGGAAUGAAGUUUUACAAAGUAGGAAUUGAUUAGAAAGUCUGGUUUAAAGGAAGUUGUGGAUUCUGUGGCAAAAGUGGAAAAUAGUGGAAACUAAGGACAUAAAGUUAGGGCUGGUUUUAUACUUCGAAGGUUACCAGAGCACUUACAAGAAAGCUGAGUGACAAAAGUGACUAGUUUUUCAUGAAGAAAAUAUAUAAUCUCGAUUAUCUCUUUCAUUCGAGAAUAUUUGAGAGAUAAAAGAUUGAAAUUACAGAGAGAAACAAAGAGUGUGAUUACGUUUUUAUCAGCUUCAUGGUCGAUCUGAUUCGCUUUAUACUUGAUACACUAAUAUGUUUCAUGUAGUUGUUGAUCUUCUUCAUUGUUGAUCUGAUUAUUUUUAUAGUUGAUACACUAAUAUAUAUUCCGAGUAGAUCUUCUUAAUCUUCAAUGUUUGUUUGUUUGCCCAUAAUUAAUACCUUUGUUUUACAGAAAUUUUACCCCUUAAACUUCUAUGUUUCUACAUGAGGAUGGCAUCAAUAUCUUUCAUGUUUUGUUAGUAACAUGUCAAACUUUAGAUAGAAUUACUAACUGUCUUUUCUCCGUUUUCCUUUUUUUAUUUACAUAUUUGUUCUUCAUAAAAUUAGUGUUAAUGGGAUUCAUUAAUCUCAUUUCUCACGACAAAAGAUACC